AUGACUUUUAUACUCCCAUCAUCUCAUCCAAUCCAAUCCAUCUUUGAUAUAGAGGAAAAAUCCGAUGGCAGAUCGCCGGAAACAUCCAGCGGCAGCAUCGUUUUGGACUUUACCGCUGCGAAGAAGAGCCGAGGAAAAUCAGUUCAAACCUCUCCAUCACGAGCCAACACCAUCAAUGGCGAGCCGCAUGUUGCAGAGGAAGAUUACUUAGUUUUCUGCUUUAGAGAAGAUGGAGCAAUCGACAUCGUAAACGAUGGAAACGAAGACGACGGCGAUGGUGACGGUGACGGUGGUGGAUAUAAAAAUGUAACAGCUCAUCAUACUGGUGAAGAAAAAGAGAGCAAAGAUUAUGAAAUAAAAGAGAUCAAGAUGGAUCAGUUUGGGGCUUGUGAUUCUAAUCUAUCAGAUACAAGCUCAGGCUCUUUUGCCUUUCCAAUAUUGAAAAUUGAGGAAUGGAUAGGCAGCCCCGUUCACAUGCCUAAGCAGGAAAAUCAAAGUAUUGGAUAA